GUCAAUAACACAGAUGCAGAGGGUAGGCUUACUCUUGCAGAUGCUCUGGUGUAUGCUUGUAACCAGGGUGCUGAAAAGAUAGUGGACCUGGCAACAUUAACUGGGGCCUGUAUAAUUGGUCUUGGAUCCUCAAUUGGAGGUGUGUUUACGCCAAGUGAUGACCUGGCAAAAGAAGUUUUUGAAGCUUCAGAAGCGAGUGGGGAGAAACUAUGGAGGUUGCCAUUAGAAGAAAGCUACUGGGAGUCAAUGAAAUCAGGAGUAGCUGAUAUGGUGAACACUGGUGCUCGUCCAGGUAGUGCUAUUACUGCGGCUCUUUUCUUAAAGCAGUUCGUUGAUGAGAAGGUUCAAUGGAUGCAUAUUGACAUGGCUGGUCCAGUUUGGAAUGAAAAGCAGCGGUGUGCAACAGGAUUUGGUGUUGCCACUUUAGUAGAAUGGGUUUUGAAGAACGCAUCUUAAAUGAAAUCUUGUCCAAUUGUAGUUUGUCCAACUGAAGGGAUAUAAAAGGUGUGGCAGCUUUUAGGUCUAUUACAGUGUAUUUAAACAUGUAUGAAUAAAUACUGGUUAAUCGACUUCAGUCUGUUUGUUAAUACUUUUUGCUUCGGU